GCAGAAACAUCCAGCGCCGCGACCCAGCCGCCAUCCAAUCCGCCGGCGAAAAACGCUUCUACGCCAAUGAGGACGAUCUCUUCCUUGGGCUCACGCGCACGGAUAUUGACGAGAUCGAGGCCGAACUGCGGCAGACACGGCUGGGUCUUGCUUUCUUCAUGCAACCACCACGCGACCUGCCUGACGAAACCAGCCCACACCCCACGAUCAUGGAGGUCCGGCAGGAGAUCCUCACGGCUUGCCAACAACGCUGGGGUAUUACAUUCCCCGCUGGACUACGACUCACAACCGGCACCUCCGACCGGGGCCUCGUGGGCACACCACACCCAGUGGACAUAAACGUAUGGGGCGCCGUUAAACGUGGGUAUCUCGCCCUGCAACACAUUGACGUUGCGAUGUCGUUCGACUUCGCUGGCCACCCCAAGGACAACUACUCAGCCAAUCAACUGGAGUACCAAUGUUCUUUUACGGUCACACCGGCACUCCUCCUCCGUUACAUCCGGGGACUCGGUGCACGCGAUGCGGUGGUUAUGUCUCACGCGCGAAACGGGCCGAACCACUCGCGCUGGCCGGCUAUCGGAUGCAUUAACUCACCGAAACACGCACGUACUGUACUGUACGUCCGGGCAUAAUUU